GUUAUCAUUUAGUAAUUAAUGUUUGGAAUGCUGUCUUGCAAGAUUCCAAGUUUAAUAGACUAGAGUGCUGUGAAGUAUUAACAAUGCCUGCUGCAUAGAUAAUCAUGGCAUAGGAGAUAGCAGAAGGAACUUGAUAGCUUGGAGGUAGGAAGAGGCACUUAUGUUUGAGCAGUGAUUCUCAAAAUGUGGAUCCUGGACUUCCAACAUCAGCAUCAUCUAGGAUCUUGUUAAAAAUACACAUUGUCCUAGGGAGAUGUAGGAGAAGGAGAUUUGGGGGAAUGAUGAGGAUUUCUAUUUUGGACAUGUUGAAUUUAAAGUAGUCAUAGGUCAUCUCUGGAUAGUUAUGGCCAACAGGUAAUUGGUUGCCUAUAUCAGGAGCUCAGAAGAGAGAUCUGGGCUUGGAUUAAAGAUCUGAGUGUUGUAUUUGUAUUAGAUAGUGGUUGAAGCUGUGAAACUGGAUGAAGUCCUAUAUAGACAGAAUAUAAAAUGAGAAGUGAAGAGGGUGGAUUCUAAAGAAUACUGCAUAUAAGAGGCAGGUAGAGAGGAUGAGGAGCCUGUGUAGUUCCUCUGAGAAUGAGUAGCUAGAGAGAUAACUGGAAAAUUAGCACUGUGAUGUCAGAUUAAAGGGAAUUUUAAGGAGGAAAGAGUCAGCUGUGAAGAGAUAUUGCAGAGAUCAGGAAAGAGAACUUAAAAAAGUCUUUUGGAGGGAUCAGGAAAGUUUCAGUGACUUGGGCAAUAGUAGUUUGUUUUAAUGGUGACAAAGAAAGCCAGGAUGUAGUGAGCUGAGUAAUAAAUAUGGCCAAACAUUGAGUUUAGACUGCUCUUUAAAGCCUUGAAUAGGAGAGAGAAUAGAAGCCAGAAAAUUUAAAUUUGAGGAAGGAUUUAUAUUGGGGUCAAAACAAUGAGUCAGGAAAGAGGGAGAAGGUUGUCUUUUGAAUCUUUUCAAAGGGAAAAGAUGGGAUUAUUGACAGUUUGAUGUCCCCAAGGAGGUGGGAAGGGAUAUGACUCUCCUUAGCCAAGAGGAGGGAUUGUUCUCAUCCUUUAUCAAGACUGGGAAGGAGAUAAAGAUGGAAACUAUUAAUGUAGGCUGCAUAAGAGUUUAGGCUGGAAAGGAAGUCAUGUUAAGUUGUAAAUGACCUUAACUGCUUGACUUCAUUUUGGUCCCAUUGGGAAACCAUUGAUUAAUCUGGAAAUGAGAUGCUGGGUGAUUUGGAAGGGGUGGAAAUUGUAGGUAGGAGUACUGCUUUGUGGUAUUACAGAUAAGAAGUUAUAAGAAUUUGAAAGCAAAUAGAUACAGAGACAUUUUAAAUAUGGAAUUGAAUAGAGUUAAAAACUUUCUGAGGAAACAGAAUCAUAAAGGAUGACCCAUGCUGGUGAUUGGAUAUAAAGAGAGCUCUACAUAAUUAAUAAAAGCAGGAAAGUAGGACUGAGUUGCUGGUUAAAAGAAGUGUGAAAAGAAGGCAAGUUUGGUUUGAGGCAGUGAGUUUGAUGAGCUUGAGAACUCCACUAUAAGUUUCUGUUUAACAAACUUGACAAUAUGUACUUGUGUGAAAGAAGUGGAGUUAGAAUAUUUGAGUCAAGAUAAUAGCUAAAGGGAGGAUUAUAAGGGUGAUGAUGAAGAAGACACUGAUGAAAUUGGCCAUUUGAAGAAUAUUGAUAAUCUCUAAGACUAACUUCAGUAAUGUCCUAAGUGACAAAAGUAAGAUUUCAAGGGAAUGUAAACUCUGUGAAUGCAGAGACCUUGUCUUCAUUGUUAUAUUCCAGAUACUUGGGAAGUAAUAGAUAUUAAGUACUGUUUGAAGAAGGAAUAUGUGAAUGAAUAAGUGGAACGAAGGCAUAGAUGUUGAUAAGGCAUUGGAGGCAGGAAAUGAGGCAAGUUAUCCUUUGGAAAUGUGCUCACACUUUGAUGCGGAUGAGAUUAAAAGGUUAGGAAAGAGAUUUAAGAAGCUCGAUUUGGACAAUUCUGGUUCUUUGAGUGUGGAAGAGUUCAUGUCUCUGCCUGAGUUACAACAGAAUCCUUUAGUACAGCGAGUAAUAGAUAUAUUCGACACAGAUGGGAAUGGAGAAGUAGACUUCAAAGAAUUCAUUGAGGGAGUCUCUCAGUUCAGUGUCAAAGGAGAUAAGGAGCAGAAGUUGAGGUUUGCUUUUCGUAUCUAUGACAUGGAUAAAGAUGGCUAUAUUUCCAAUGGGGAACUCUUCCAGGUGUUGAAGAUGAUGGUGGGGAACAAUCUGAAAGAUACACAGUUACAGCAAAUUGUAGACAAAACCAUAAUAAAUGCAGAUAAGGAUGGAGAUGGAAGAAUAUCCUUUGAAGAAUUUUGUGCUGUCGUAGGUGGCCUAGAUAUCCACAAAAAGAUGGUGGUAGACGUGUGACUCUUAAGAGUACCACCCAACACUUUUGCUUUCUUCUCCAUCUCUGAAGAUCUGCUCAAGACGUCCAGCAAUGCUCUCUGUGUAUUUAAAUGGAAGUAUUUUUCUCUGUGAAGCCACAUUUUCCAACAUGAGCCUCAUGAAGCCAACUAAGUGUUAUUGAACUCUUACUCUCUCAAUAACUCAGUGUAGCACUUUAAAGUCUGAAGGACAGCAACAUGAAAAGAGCAUAUCAAUGUGAUGGAGAAAGGGAAGGGGUUGGCUUUUUAAUUUAUUUUUCUUCAUCUUUUAUAACAAGAAAGUAUCUAUAUAUACAUAUGUAAAUAUUUAUAUAUAGAUAUAUGUAGCUUUCUAUAUAUGUAGUAGGUUGGCUUUAAUUUAAUAUACUUGAUUCAGAAACAAAACAAUAGAGUACAAAAGUGCCAAGCAGAACAUAAAACAUCCUUACUUUUAUUUCACACAGUUUUAUAUAUAGAUAGAAGAUUGUACAAUUUGAGCCGGGUGUUAGGCCAGCUAUUUUCCUUUUCCUGUGCUUUCUCCUUUGAGAGAUUGACAAAGCAUUUGUUAAUGUCCUAUUAUUUACCAUAAUUACAUUUUUGUAACCAAGGAGUCUGUAACUUUAUUUAUACUUAUUAUAUUUCCAGGGACUAUGUCUCAUUGCUGAGCAGCUUUUCAUACACCUCUGCUUGAGGAGAAAGUUUAAGUUCAGUGCUACUGCCAAGAGCUAGUUCUUGUGUUCAUAUGGUAACUGCACAGUGCUUAUGGCUGCUUCAUUCUGUUACUUUGUAACUAGGAGCCAUUGCAUUUAUUAAUUAAUGUCCCUGAGUAAAUGUCAGUUACCAGUUGUGAUUUUAUACAUAAAGGCCAGAAGCUGUCUUAGGCAAUCAUGAUUUAUUGUAAGCAUUACUUAAUGAAGAAUACCUGAAGUAAUCAUGUAACUACUUAGGAUAUCCAUUUGUUUCAUUACAUGGGUAAAUAAUUUGUCAUUAAACUUGUGUUUGAAUCAUGAAUUUCCCUUCUGUGUUUCAAAAUACUUGCAGCAAAUCUAAAAAUCUGGUGAUAUUUAAUGUGCAUGUAUAUAUCUAAACACCCACAUAUAUUUGUGAUUUAAGUGGGAGAAGUCUUGCUAAUUAUAUGUCACAGAAGAGCAAAAUUCUAUUCAAAUUUAUACCUCUCCUUACCAUAAGGAAUAGAGAAUGCAUGAUGGUUUUUCCUUGAUUUGCCCAUAUAAUUGGUAAUGGAUGAUAACUUAAUAAAUUUGUGUGAUAUAAAAGUAGUAUAUCAUGUUCUACCACUUGAUGUUAUCCCUUCCCUUUUCUGCAAAGGUACUAUUGGCUGGAAGAAAAACAUUUUGGUUAGCUUUGUAUGACAGUAGUCCUUCCCUACAUAGUUUUUCUAUAAAAACUGGUUUUUAUAAUCAUGAGUGGAAAAGGGCAGGUUGAAUCAAGGUGAAUGAAUCUUAAAUGAGCACACCUGCCUGCCAUCGCUGUUCCUUCAACUGAGUGCUGCACAUCAUGGGCUCUGUCUGUGAGAGAAAAAUCCCGGUGCUUGGUGUCCUUGCAUGACAUGGAGUUUUGCAUGUAGAUCAAUUUAAAAUGUACCUCUUGUUUACAUAAUUUGCAUAAUUUUAAAAGAUAAUGUUGCCAAACU